CAUAAAACAAAUUUUUUUCGGGCUUGGAGAUGUCCAGAACGUAUAUGUUCUUUGAAGAAAAGAAACUUCACUGGGUGUUCGCGGAAGAAGCACGGAAUGGGCGGCGACCUCUAUGCUCUUGAUUUCGAUGGUGUUAUCUGCGAUAGCUGCGGCGAGAGCUCCAUCUCCGCUCUUAAGGCAGCUAAGAUCCGAUGGCCAGCACUUUUUGAAGGAGUGAGCUCCGAGCUGGAUGAAUGGAUAAUCGAUCAGAUGCGCGUUGUUCGUCCUGUAGUUGAAACUGGUUUUGAAAAUUUGUUGCUUGUUAGAUUGCUAUUGGAGAUUCAAAACCCAUUUGCUCGUCAAUCUUCUGUUGCAGAAGGACUAACUGUUGAAGAUAUCCUGGAGAAGUGGUCAGAAUUGAAACCUGUAAUUAUGAAAGAAUGGAAUGAGAAGAGUAAUGAUUUGAUCAAUCUAUUUGGAAUUGCUCGCGAUGAAUGGAUGGAUAAGGAUCUAUCAGGUUGGAUUGAUGCUAACAGAUUUUAUCCAGGUAUAUCAGAUGCCUUGAGAUUUGCGAGCUCUCAAGUUUAUAUUGUCACAACAAAGCAGAGCCGAUUUGCCGACGCAUUAUUGAGGAAACUAGCAGGAGUAGAAAUUCCUUCUGAUAGGAUCUACGGGUUAGGGUCAGGCCCAAAGGUAGAGGUUUUAAAAAAGCUGCAAGCAAUGCCAGAGCAUCAGGGCUUGAAACUUCAUUUUGUAGAAGAUCGUCUUGCAACUCUGAAGAAUGUCAUUAAAGAGACAGCAUUGGAUGGAUGGAACUUAUAUUUAGGUAGAUGGGGCUACAAUACUGAGAAGGAGAGGGAAGAAGCAGAAGGCAUGUCUCGAAUUCAGCUGCUGGAUCUUUCAGAUUUCAGCAGCAAACUGAAGAAAUCGUCGGAUGCGGAUCAUUCGUUAUUCGGGGUAGCACCUGGCAUCCCGCUUUCCACUUCUCGUUCGAGAUUAUUACGCGGAAGCCCUCCAUCUCGAUCCAGUCCGUGUCCCCUCUGCCCUUCUCUUGUGAAGCAAAAACCUUUGGUCGCCGAUUCCUCCGUCACAAUCCCGAUCCCCUCUGCACUUACGCUUUCCCUCGGUCGCCGAUUCCUCCAUCCUGAUCCCCUCUGCCCUUCCGCGUCUCCUCUGCCCUUCUCUCGCGAAAGAAAACCCUUCGUUGUUUCGAGCGAAGCUCGGCGGGACCCGAACACGAACGCAGCUCGAAGGGCCAGCUUUUCGUGGAGAAGAGGAUCAAAGAGAAUCGAAUCACUCUAAGCAUUUUUGGAUUCACAUUUUUUAAGGACUACUGGAUUCUCAUUUUUGGAUAGCAAAGGCUCCUUAUUCGCAUUUUUUAAACUUCUCUGAGGAAGCUCUUUUUUUUUUUGGUUUAUGAUUACUUUUUCCAUUUCCACCUAAGAGGGUUCUAAAAAAUUUUUGGACUAGCUAGGGAUUGCUUGUU